AUGGCGAGAACGCUCACAAUAAUCCUACAAUGCCUGGCGCUGGCGACAGCUCAAGUGCUGCCCCAGUCCAGCUCAACUUCCAUCAGUCUCUCAACCCUCCAGGUUUCCGUCCCGCCAACAACCUCCCCUGGCGAGCCUCCCCCAACCAUAAUAGUGACGAACAUCAAGCCCACCACUACUGGAGACCCAGGUCAAGGCGCUAUCUGCGAGUGCGGAUACACGUAUUGCUCCUCCGUUCUCAUGGCAAUGAAGGUUCCAUGGAAUGAGGAGCAGCUCAAGCAAGCUUACUGUACCACGGAAGACGCUGUAUGUGACAACGGAACCCCGUCCAGCGACAUCAAGUCGGCCCUAUUCCUCUGCCUCUGCGACACAAUCGACCAGAAGGUGGGCAACAAUCUGCACCUUGUCUGCGGAUGUGAUACCUGCCUCAACAUCGGGCCGGAUUACAGAGGUCGAUGCAAGACUCCAUGCGUCUCGGGACAAUGUAAAGAGGGCGGUGAUGCUACCGAAGACGAGUAUGAGUGGUGA